CUCAAGCUACUGUCCAUCUACCACACACCACGCAUUAGUCUAUCACCCGGGGAUGGGACCUUGUCGCCUUUGGCGACCAUUGCAGCAAUCCUAGUUCUUCACGAUCGAUGAGACGUCGAUGGAGGCCUCAUCCGGUGCCUUCUCGUGUAACCCAUUUCCUAUUUGAAUCGGCGGCAUAUCAUCCGGGGGACCCUCGGGGAUUCAGAUUAACUUGCGGGCCAGAGUCAGUCACUGUUUGCUGCUGCAACUCAUUCAGUACUGUCGAUCCAGAUGGCUUGGAGACGCAGUCGUUUGGCUCCAACUGGAAUUCUUCAUUGACAGGAAAUCUACUUAGAAAUGACAACCUAAUCCUACGAUGGAAUUGUCAUUAUUCGUCAGGUUACAAAAUCUAGAGACAAUGCUAAUGUACCACUCUGUUCUGCUUCUUUGCGGUGCGAGUUUCACAGCAGAGGCGUUGAAAAGAAGGAACGACAACCGGAUGUUCUGCAGUACUAGAGCCUACAGCGUCAAUGAGUCGCUCCCUGGAAAAAAGGAAAAACAGCAAUGGCAGGGUGUUCGUUUUCAAAAAAGCACGUGGAUGUUGGUGGACCUACUCCCACUUUGGGACAGGCUGUGACUAGUUUUUGAGAGCGAAACAAGGAGCUAUUGAGAAGUUUCACUAACUUCUGUCAUCUUGUGGCUGGUCCCAAUCCCAACAGCGGUCAAUUUUGACCUGAUUUUCUACAGGAGACAAUGCACAAGCUUUUUACAUUCCCUCCCUCUGAUUCUAAUUCUAACGUCCGG